AUGGCAGUGUUGAAUGGUUACUUCAGACCCAGAGUGGCCUUUGUCACUGGCAUCACUGGUCAAGAUGGCUCUUAUCUUUCCGAGCUGCUGCUGGAAAAGGGUUAUCAAGUUCAUGGCCUGGUACGAUCGACUGCUUCCAGACGCGAAGCUUUAAGCAAGCCACUCCGGCCUGGCUUGACCAUGCACCUUGGCGACAUGUCCGACCUGGGUCGUCUCGUCCAGAUUUUGGGCAGCAUCAAGCCCGAUGAGAUCUACCACCUUGCUGCUCAGUCCCACGUGGCUGUCUCAUUUGACACUCCACUGCAGACUAGUGACACCAAUGCCAUGGGAACACUUCGACUUCUUGAAGCCAUGCGAAUGCUGGGUUUGGACAAGUCGACAAAGUUCUAUAAUGUAACAUUCCUUUACAUCACAUCACACAUGGAAUACGGAAAGACUAACUCAUUCGUACAGGCUUGUUCAUCUGAAGUGUUUGGGUCGGACAUGCCCGCUCCACAAACGGAGGAGACCACCUUCCACCCGGUAUCACCGUAUGCUGUAACCAAGUUGUUCCAGUACUGGACUACCGUCAACUUUCGAGAGGCAUAUGGCUUCCAUGCCUCGAAUGGUAUUCUCUUUAACCAUGAAUCACCAAGGCGGGGUACAACUUUCGUCACCCGAAAGAUCACUACUCAAGUUGCUUUAAUUGCGUGCGGAAAGUUAGACUUUUUCUCCUUAGGAAACCUUGACGCUGUCCGAGACUGGGGCCAUGCAAAGGAUUACAUGCAGGGCGUGUAUCUGAUGCUGCAACAGCCAGUCGGAGGUGAUUAUGUCCUCUCGAGUGGGAAGUCCUACAGCGUUCGCGACUUUGUCGAGGCAGCUUUCAAGGUCAUUGGAGUCAACAUCGAAUGGACUGGAACCGGUCUAGACGAGGUUGGCAUUGACUCAGCCAGCAGAACAACUCGCGUUAAAGUGAACCCCGAGUUCUACCGACCACUUGAUAAUCAGAACUUGCUAGGCUCGGCGGCCAAGGCGAAGAAAGUGCUUGGAUGGAAGCCAACAUACAGCUUCGAAGCAUUAGUUGAAGAAAUGGUACUUUGCGAUGUUGAGGCCGUCAACACAGGUCGUAUCUUCUCCAACAGUUACUUGGACUGGGUAGUUGGCAAGACGGAAAGCGGAAAUGGGGUCGUGAGUCACAGUCCUUCCAAGUCGGUUGGUGAGGCUCACAGCGUCACUACGAAUUCGGAUGGGCCUGAGAAGAUCACCCUGGCAGACGUUGAAGGGCUGGAUGCGGAGGGCACAACUCAGGUCUAG